GUGUAACGUCAUCCAGCAUCUGCAGAUUUUCUUGUGUUUGUACUUCUGUGUAAUGUUAAUGGAGACAAGAUAGAAUAGAUACUGGAAUCUGAAGCCAAAAAAAACACAAACUGCCCUGUGAACUUGAAGGGUUAUAGGCGGUGUAGGGGGGAAUUGAUCACGGAGUAUGUUUAUACAGGGAAGAUAGUCAGUUUAAUGCGCUUUCGGCAGCUCGCCUUAUCUUUCAAACUGGAUGACGGGUCUCCGCCCUUGUGCCUCCGCUUGCAAGGAGCGUGAGUUGGAGAAGUCAGGUUUGGACGUGGACCCGCUGACUUGUUGUUUGUUUUCUGAGCUGUGUGACUCUUUCGGUUUCCAUACGUCACGCUUGUUUGCAGACGGCUGGGUUUCGAUUACGGAGCGCCCUGUGAUACCACGCCUUUCCCUUGGCUGCAGCUCCUGCACCGCAAUCCGGUGAUGAGUCUCCGCUGCAGCCGGGACAUGGCCAGCUCCUUCGGCUCUGCUCUGUACAAGCAAUGGGCGAAAAGGGUCUUCGCAAUCGAGUGCGAGAGCAGCGCGGACCCGCUGUAUUUUGCCCUCAGACCCAACUCCGAGAGCCCCUGGGAUGAGAACAGUAAGCUGCACCAACUCUUCAGCCGAGCUCAGACCUACUCGCUUUGCAUCGCCUCUGAAAACAGGAUCCAGGACGCAGAGACCUAUAUGAAGCUGCAGAGCAAACUGACCAGGCUGCCCGAGACGUGCCGUGUCAUAGAGCUGACGGCGUUUCUCCCCAACCAGGAAGGAUCUUCCAUCAAAGGGUUUCUGGUGCAAGAUGACCGAUGCUGCCAGAGCACCGAGCGUGUACUGCGGGACCUGGUACGGGAGAGCGGGCAGAGCUGUCUGUGCACCUACUGGACGGGCGAGGAGGGCAGGAUAUGGCAGAGCCUGCGGCUGCUCCGUGAUGGACAGCAGAAGGAGAUUCUCAGAAACUGCUUGUCUCUGACUCAAAAGCCGGAGCUUCACCCAUCAGUCUUAAACAUCAAAAACUCUGUCGUAUUCUAUAAGUAUGAAGAUGCGUAUAGCGUUCUAAAGGAGUGUGAGGAAUUGUUCCCUGAAGCCAAGGAGGUUCUGCAAAUAGUGAAUCAAUAUAGUGGGACUUCCAAAAAGGGCCACCAUCCUGUUAUUGUGAUUGAAGGACUUGAUGCAACAGGAAAAAGUACUUUGACUGAGGCUUUAAGAGAUUCGAUUCAAGCAACACUUUUAAAGUCACCACACGACUGUAUUAGCCAUUUAAGAAAAACAUUUGAUCUAAAACCACCUCUCAUUCGGCGAGCCUUUUAUACUUUGGGCAAUUACAUAACCGCCUCCAUCAUAGCAAAGACAUCGGAAACAUCUCCAGUAAUUGUGGAUCGGUUCUGGCAUAGCACUGCUGCUUAUGGAAUCGCAACUGAAGUAAGUGGGAAAGUGGAGAACCUGCCUCCACCCCAGCAUGAAUUAUACCAGUGUCCACAAGAUCUGCUUCAACCAGAUUUGGUGCUGUUGCUUACAGUCAGUGCAGAGGAGAGAAUCCGUCGUUUGGAACAAAGAGGAGAAAUGAAAACAAAGGAAGAAACUGAACUAGAGAGAAACAAUCUGUUUCGACAAAAGGUGGAAACAACUUACAGAAGAUUGGAGAACCCAUCUUGUGUGAUAGUUGAUGCCAGUGCAUCAAAGGAAGAGGUUCUCAAAACUGCACUUCUUCUAAUUGAAAGACACUGUGGUAUUAAAAGGACUUGACUUCUUACAUUAAUAUUUUCUAGCUGCUUAAAUUGAGUCUAAAGUGUAUUUAAUGUGAUCAGAGCUAUGAAUUUGCAUGAAAAUAAUACCAGCACUUUUUUUCUGUUAUCGGUAUAUACUGGAGGUAAGGUAUGCAAAGAUGAGAUGCAGUCAAUAAAAAGAAUGACAAAUUAGAUAGUGCAAUAUGUAUCUAAAUGACUGAAAAUAUUCCUGCAGGUGAGGAUUUUACACUCUACAGUAUUUGUUGGCCCUAUUCCAUUGCCAAGAAGCACUACAGCUCCCCAUUUGAUCAGUUGGCAGCUUCACCACUUGGCAUUAACCCGGUUGAGUGGGUUACCUGCCUCUGUGGAACAUGUUUGUCUUCCUUUGAUUCUACAUUAGAUCCAGCAACUGGUAGAUUACCACCCCAUUGCAAAGUUCGUGAAUCAAUGAAGUUUCUUCUCCAAUCCAAGUAAAUAGUGACACUUACAAACAUCUAAAUAGGCAUGGCGAGAAGUCAGACACUGUGGACCAGGUAUUACCAACCUUUUUAAUGCAUGGACCCCUACCAUUAACCGAGGUGUGUGUAGAUCCCAGACUGGGAAUCACUGCUGGAGACACUGUGAAAAGCGGAUGGUCCAGGCAAAGUUGAAGUAAACUCAGAUAAUUGGUGCACUCUAGCCACUGGAUUCUGAUUAUGUCUCCACUAGACUGGCUCAAAAUUAUGCUGAGAUAGUUGGUACAGUGCACUACAUGCCUGUUGCUGAAUUAAACCAAUUACUUCAAUGUGGGUUAAAAUUUGCUCCAUAGCAAAGGAAGGAGCUGCCAAAUCUUGAAAACUGAGAACGUGCUUCUGCAAAGUGCCUUGCAAAUGAUGCAGUCCACACAAUUUCAUUGUAGUACAUGGAUGUAGGGGUUACAAGUGAGCAAUUUCAUAUUGCUCUUAUAUUUUAGAUUUUGGACGUUCCAUUAACGUUCAUCCCAGUUGAAACUGCACCCGUCCCCAUCUCUGUACUGUAUCCUACCCUGCCCUACAGUGAACUGUACAUUAAAUGUAUUGAUUACCUUUAUUGUAUAUGAUCAUCUGUAAUCUGGCCAUAUUUUGUCUGGAAUAAAUGUAUAUCUACCAACCUUUA